ACUAUUAUUAUUAUUAUUUUAUUUCGCUUGCGAUUUGCUUCUUCUCCCACCUUCUGGAAAAAUAGCAGCCAGCAGCUCACCCUUUAUCGAGCUCACUGAUUCCAUGGCGUUCGCCCACCAUUUGGUUGCAAUUCCGGCGGAAACCUCAAAGUUCGCUAAGGCUUCGGUAUAUCCAUUUUCUUCUUCUUCUUCUUCUUCUAAUGAAUCGUCUUUUCCUUCUUUAUCUUUCAGUUCUUCUUCUUUCUUCUCUAAAGCUCGAAAUCUCUCCUUCUUCCCCAAAAUCCGCAGAAUCGGGCACAAAGGUAAGUUCAAUUCUUAUGAUUUUCGUUUUUCGGAGUAUAUUACGGCGUAAAUUUAAGUUGUUUAGUCAUUUUCCUGAACAAGUUUAGAAUUUUUGGUUGGUGGUCAAUUCCAGAUUCCUGACUUCCUGCUAUUAAUUUCCAGUUCUGAUUUAGUCUGAUAGUUUUAGAUCCUUUUGAAUUCAUAGAUACUCUUCAAUUUUAUAUGAUUUUAUCUGUAUUGGAAAGUUAAAAUGGUUCUAACUGCAAAAUUACUUUUCAAGCUGCAUUUUUUUAGGGGAAUCCCCGUGCAAAGGGGUAUGUUCAAGCAAGCUACAUCGUUCUGUUAUUAUUUCUAGUCAUUUUGUCAAUUGAUAUGUUUGUUUUAUAAAUUGCUGGCUUGUGAUUCGGUUCUUUUGGGUUUGGUCUAAUUGCUAUUAGCCAAGGUUAAGCCUCAAGAAAAUGAAAUCAGUGUAGCUGCUGAUGCAUUUACUCAUUUCAAGCACCUGCUUCUGCCAAUCACUGACCGGAACCCUUAUCUAUCUGAGGGGACAAGACAGUUUUUUUUUUUUUUUGCCCCAAAAGAAAUUUCAUUCCUUUUUCCUGUACAUGAACAAACAAUGAUCAUUUGUACAAGAAAUCAUCAUGUUAUAUUUCCUGUUAGUUACACUUUGAUAUAAUUUUCAAGUAUAAAUUUCAGUUUUCUUGUUAUGAAACAUUGUAGAGCAGAGUCUUGCAAGAUGCAGAUAGUGCAAAAGGGUAGCUUUGUUAGCCUCUAGCAGUCUUUGCUUCUAUUAGACACAAGAUUUGGAUUCUAUAUGUGCUGCUUUUUGCAUUUCAUUCACUAUUUGGUUAAAAAUUUUGGGGCAGGCUGCCACAACUACGGCUGCUUUGGCAAAGAAGUAUGGGGCUGAUAUUACUGUUGUAGUUAUUGAUGAAAAGCUCAAAGAAUCUUUGCCAGAGCAUGAAACUCAGCUGUCUAGCAUUCGCUGGCAUCUCUCUGAAGGUGGAUUCCAAGAAUUCAAGUUGUUAGAGCGACUUGGGGAAGGAAGCAAGCCUUCAGCUAUCAUUGGAGAAGUUGCUGAUGAUCUGAAUUUAGACUUAGUUGUCAUGAGUAUGGAAGCCAUCCAUUCCAAGCAUGUAGAUGCAAAUUUGCUGGCUGAGUUUAUCCCCUGUCCUGUCUUGCUUUUACCCUUAUAAAAUGUAUAGCAUUUCAUGAAUCAAGUAGUAACCGUGUUGAACUGAACUGUUCCGCAAAUACCAGUUUUCUUAUAAUAAUAGGCUUUUGUGAUAUUCACCU